AUGCAAAUAUCAAGUAUUACAAUUUCAAUUGGUACUUCAAUUUUUCCUAGUUCAGCCGAACAUGUUCACCAUUUAGUAAAUUUGAUGAUCACCACAUUUGGUAAUUGUAUUUGUAAUUAUGUUGCAAUUGGUACAGAUUGUAAAACUUUAAAUUUACAAUUAGAUUCAGUAACACCAACAUUUGUAACUGGUGGUCAAGUUCAUUUAAAUGUUUAA